UUCCCUGGAGAUAUCCCUGCAGCUGAAGCAAAUGACUUUGACAGCAGUUACGAACAGAUAUUCACGUUUGAGGCGAAUGGUGAUUUCAGACAGAUAAAGCCAGUAGCAGUGAAUGUCGUAGACGAUGAUGUCAAUGAGGCAAACGAAGAGUUCCUACUCUACUUCGACGUCCCAAACCUUCCGAGUUCAGUCUCGAUUACCACACAAAUAGGUCGCAACCCUGUUCGGUGCAGAAUCAUGAAUGAUGAUGGUAAGUACAUAAUGACAUAGUUGAUUCUCAUAGUAUAAAAAUAUGCAUGAACAGUUUGUACUUGCACUUUAUAUUAUUUCCUGACAUGAAGAUUUACUUUUGAAUUUUACACAGAUGUAAAGAUUGGU